AUGAAAAUCACGAUUUCCUACAAGAAUCGAAAGCUAUUUAACGUCUCAAUGCAGAACGACAUGACUGUGAAGCGUCUGCGUGAGAUUAUCGAGGAGACGCACCAGAUACCGCCGGAGGUGCAGACGCUCACCUUCAACGGCCACGUCCUCGAGAACGGCAAGAUGCUGAUGCGCAACUACGGCGUCCACGACCAGGCCACUGUGACGCUCUCUCUGCCCAUCGACUUCCACCUAAACUUCAAAAUCUACGUCAAAAUGCCCGGCGGGCUGAUGAUUAAGAGGCGCGUGAACAAGGACGACCUCGUCUCGAAGCUCAAGUGGUCCAUUGAAGAUGCCACGAAGAUUCCCGUGGCUCUGCAGGCACUCAGCUACGGCUCGUGGCUGAUGGAGGAUGGCGAACGCCUGGGUGAGUACGACCUCCACCACGGAUCAGUGGUUCGAGUGCUCCGACGCCCGAAUCCCGUACAGAUUCCCGAAUUCGACGGCCAGUUGCCGCGUUAUCGGAUUCCCGCGAAGGACGGUUUGACGUCGGAAGUCGACGACGGGAUCAUGGACUUGCUGUUGAAGCGUCCGUCUCCAAUAAAACGCACGAAAGCCUACAGACUGAAUGAGUCCAAACGCGGUGAUAUGGAGACCUUCCCAACAACUGGCUUUGAAAUGAUUGAACCAACGGCGAAGGAAGCGUCGAGAUUGACAUCGUCGAAGGAGGCGUCGAGAGUGACCUCACCGAAGGAAUUGUCAAGAGUGACAUCGCCGAGGGAAGCGUCCAGAGUGACCUCACCGAAGGAAUUGUCAAGAGUGACAUCGCCUAAGGAAUUGUCGAGACUGACCUCACCGAAGGAAUUGUCAAGGGUGACAACGCCGAAGGAACUGUCGAGAUUGACAUCGCCGAAGGUCGGCGACGGAGAGAGCCUCCGACUCGACCUUCCAGACACCGAAGCCUACCGCAAAUUCUGCCAGGCGUUGGAGAAAGACAUGGCGUCGAAGAAGGCCGAUGGGUCUGGGAAAAAGCAAUGA